GCCACCCAGCCAGACACCUCGCGGCGCAGGGGAGAGUUCCAGAGGGAGCCUCGUCCAGCGGCUGCUCUGAGGACUUCUGUGCACGUUGCUGCCACUGCAGGCCCGAGAUGCCAGCUGUUCAGCUGCUGCUGCUGCUGCUGCUGGCCUGUCUGGUAUGGGGUGUGGGUGCCAGGACAGCACAGUUCCGGAAGGCCAACGACCGCAGUGGCCGAUGCCAGUACACCUUCAGCGUGGCCAGCCCCAAUGAGUCCAGCUGCCUUGAGCAGGGCCAGGCCAUGUCGGCCAUCCAGGACCUGCAGAGAGACAGCAGAGAACAGCGCGCGGCCCUGGAGUCCACCAAAGCCCGGCUCAGCUCCCUGGAGGCCCUCCUCCACCGCCUGACCUUGGGCCAGGCUGCCAUGCCCUGGGACACCCAGGAGGGGCUGCAGAGGGAGCUGGAGUUAGCCUACAGCCACCUCGUCCGUGACAAGUCAGCUCUGGAGGAGGAGAAGAGACGACUGGAGGCAGAGAACGGGGAUCUGGCCAGGAGGUUGGAAAGCAGUAGCGAGGAGGUAGCGAGCCUGAGGAGGGGCCUGUGUCCCCAGUUCCGCAGCACCUCUGAGGACGUGCCACCAGGCUCCAAGGAAGUUUCUAAAUGGAAUUUGGAGAACGUGGACUUUCAGGAAUUGAAGUCAGAGUUAACUGAGAUUCCUGCUUCCCGAAUCUUGAAGGAGAGUCCAUCUGGACAACCCAGGAGUGAAGAGGGAGGCACUGGAUGUGGAGAACUCAUUUGGGUAGGAGAACCUGUCACUCUGAGAACAGCUGAAACACUCACGGGCAAGUACGGCGUGUGGAUGAGAGACCCCCAGGCCGCCUACCCCUAUACCCAGGAGACCACGUGGAGAAUCGACACAGUGGGCACAGACAUCCGCCAGGUUUUCGAGUAUGACCUCAUCAGCCAAUUCCUGCAGGGCUACCCUUCCAAGGUGCAUGUGCUGCCCAGGCCGCUGGAAAGCACAGGCGCCGUGGUGUACCAGGGCAGCCUCUACUUCCAGGGGGCGGAGUCCAGAACGGUGAUCAGAUACGAGCUGCACACCGAGACGCUGAAGGCUGAGAAGGAAAUCCCUGGAGCCGGCUACCACGGGCAGUUCCCCUAUUCCUGGGGUGGCUACACAGACAUCGACCUGGCAGUAGAUGAGACAGGCCUCUGGGUGAUCUACAGCACUGAGGCGGCCAAAGGCGCCAUUGUCCUCUCCAAGCUGAACCCAGAGAAUCUGGAGCUGGAACAAACCUGGGAGACUAACAUCCGUAAGCAGUCGGUCGCCAACGCCUUUGUCAUCUGCAGCACCUUGUAUACCAUCAGCAGCUAUUCAUUGCCUGAUGCUACCGUCAACUUCGCAUACGACACCAGCACCGGUAGCAGCAAGGCCCUGAUGGUCCCGUUCAAGAACCGCUACAAAUACAGCAGCAUGAUCGACUACAACCCCCUGGAGAAGAAGCUCUUUGCCUGGGACAACUUCAACAUGGUCACCUAUGACAUCAGGCUCUCCCAGGUGUGA